GGCGUUGAGGCUAUAUAAGGGGACGCGGCGCCUUUACGCUUCCUUCCAGCGACGGCGGCAGAUCAGGUCUUCGGAGCCGCCCCCGGAGCUUGAACUGCAGCGUCUUCUCUUUCACUUCCGGUUGCAAACAAUAAAGGCGGUUCGUGCCCUAGGAGGUGUGUGUCCACGCUCCUUUUUCCGAGGUCUUUGUGAGGAAGGCAGUACGCGUUAUUGCACGAAGCGGAAUUUGCUGCUUUUCUCUUGGACCUCAGGCUCCUGCGGAAGUGGUGGCGACAUUUCGCGAAGGUUCUCUGGCCGACCUUGCCGGGAUCUCCACAUGGCAGCGCUGCGCCGAACCCUCCACGUGGCGACCCUGGCGGCUGGGGCGCGCCGCGCUUUGGCGGGCUCCCUGGCUGGCAGUUGCCCGGCCGACCGUCGCCUCCGGGAUAAGCUCCAUCCCGAUACCCGAGCAGGCAGCGUCCCCACCUUCGAUUGGUUUUUUGGGUAUGAGGAAGCCCAGGGGUUCCUGCUGCCGCUGCUGAAGGAGUCCCGGGCUGCAUGCCCAUUGCGGGUGUUGGACGUGGGCUGUGGGACCUCCAGUCUGUGUACAGGCCUCUACACCAGGUGCCCACAUCCCGUGGACGUCCUGGGGGUGGACCUCUCUCCUGUGGCUGUGGCCCACAUGAAGAGUCUGCUGGAAGGUGGCCAAGAUCGAAAGCCCCUGUGCCCUGGGCACCCUGCCUCUCAACUCCGCUUCGUCCAGGCUGAUGCCCAGAACCUGGAGUCGGUGGCUUCCUCAGGCUCCUUCCAGCUAGUCCUGGAUAAGGGCACCUGGGAUGCUGUUGCCCGAGGGGGUUGGCCUGGGGCUUACCAGCUUCUGUCAGAGUGCCUCAGGGUCCUAAGCCCCCAGGGGACCCUGAUUCAGUUCUCAGAUGAGGACCCUGAUGUGCGAGUGCCCUGCCUAGAACAAGGGUUCCCAGGCUGUACUGUGAUGGUGCAGGAGCUAGGCCCUUUUGGGGGCAUCACCUACUUUGCUUACUUGGUUCAAGGCUCUCAUUAAAGACUUCAGUCUGGCCUGAA